GCCGCCGGGCCCGCCCCCCUCGGCGCCUGUGCGGCUGCUGCUGCUGCUGCUGCCCCGCUCCGCUCCGCCCGGCCCGGCCAGACAUGCCCCGCUCUGGAGGCCGGGCUCGCCGAGGAGGACCAUGACUGCGGCGGCGAACGGGGCGAGCCUGGAGGACUGUCACUCCAACCUCUUCUCCCUGGCGGAACUGACAGGCAUCAAGUGGCGUAGGUACAAUUUUGAAGGUCAUGGAGAUUGUGGACCUAUUAUAUCAGCCCCUGCUCAAGAUGACCCAAUUCUCUUGAGUUUCAUCCGAUGUUUGCAGGCCAAUCUCUUGUGCGUCUGGCGGCGUGAUGUCAAACCGAAUUGUAAGGAGCUAUGGAUAUUUUGGUGGGGAGACGAACCGAAUCUGGUAGAUGUCAUACACCAUGAGCUACACAUGAUCGAAGAGGGAUUUUGGGAGAACGGGCUUUCAUACGAAUGCAGGACGCUGCUUUUCAAGGCAAUCCACAAUCUGUUGGAAAGAUGCCUGAUGGACAAAAACUUCGUCAGGAUCGGGAAGUGGUUCAUCCGUCCAUACGAAAAAAACGAGAAGCCGAUUAACAAAAGUGAGCAUUUGUCCUGCGCCUUCACAUUCUUCCUCCACGGAGAAAGCAACGUGUGUACCAGUGUGGAGAUCGCACAGCACCAGCCGAUCUACCUUAUCAGCGAGGAGCACCUCCACAUGGCCCAAUCCUCUCCCAUGCCUUUUCAAGUGUUGAUCAGUCCGUAUGGCUUAAGUGGCACUUUAACUGGCCAAGCUUACAAGAUGUCUGACCCAGCCACCAGGAAGCUAAUUGAAGAAUGGCAGUAUUUUUAUCCCAUGGUGCUGAAGAGGAAGGAGAGCGUGAAAGAGGAAGAGGAGCUGGGCUACGACGACGAUUUCCCCGUGGCCGUAGAAGUCAUUGUUGGAGGUGUCCGGAUGGUGUACCCUUCUGCCUUCGUUCUUAUCUCGCAAAACGACAUUCCCGUGUCCCAGAACUCUUCCGCACCAGGAAGCCACAACAGUGUGGCACAACAAGGAGCUGGGACUUUGAAAGACACCAGCAGUUGUGGAAUGUUGCUCACCCCGCCCACUUCUCCGGAGCAGACUGUCAUAGGUGACAGCGGAGGCAUUCCAACCAUCGUCAAUCAUUCAGCCGCACCAGAUGCAAUGGUCACUAUGCAGAGUCCCAAAAAAUCGGGGAAGAUCCCACCCAAAUUUCAGAACUGUAUGGUCCACCGAGUUUGGAAAGAAUGCAUCCUCAACAGGACACAGUCCAAAAGGAAUCCAGUUCCCGCUACCAAUAUGGAGGAAGAGGCCCCCGCCAACUGUGUUUCUUGGGAUUUUGUGGAUCCAGCCCAAAGAGUCCUUUGCUCUUGUUCCAGGCACAAACUCCUGAAGCAGCGCUGUGCUGUCGGCUCCAGUCGUCCGCCCACGAUAUCCCAGCCGGGGUUCGGAGGGGGCACCUCGUCCUCUUCCACCUUGCCCCCUCCUGCCUCUAAGCACAAAACCACCGAGAGGCAAGAGAAGUCGGAGAAAGUCCAGAAGAGGUCGUUGCUGCCAUUUCACCACCGUCCCUCGGUCACCGAAGACCUGUGCAUGGAGCAGGAUCCUUCGGGACAGAAGCUGCCCUUGACGGGGGUGGAACCUUCCUUAGAAGCUGCAAGCAAUAGGAAGUACGAGAAGCAGCUCUCCCUGCCUGCCCGACACCCCAGCAAGCCAGCCAAUUCGAAUCCUAUGGAUUCCCCCCGCUCCCCCAUAUCUCCUCUGCCUCCCACCCUCAGCCCCCAGCCCAGGGGGCAGGAAGCCGACGCUUUGGACCCGUCGUCUGAUCCUGGCAACCCAACCCUCUACAGCAAUGGAUUGGAACUUCAGCCGCUGGGCAGCGCCGAGGAUCGGACAGUCCUGGUGGGCCAAAGGUUGCCCCUGAUGGCCGAAGUCAGCGAGACGGCUUUGUACUGCGGCAUCGUGCACCGCCGGGAGUCGUCCAACAGAUGGCAGGCGUACUCUCUUCCUCUCCCCAGCGAUCUGGAAUUCAGGCCUCCGGAGCUCCAGUGUGAGAUCCACGACCUCAGGAUGGAGGUGGCGUCGGAGAACAGUCCCCUGAAAAGGUUCUUAGCACAGCCUAACAAGAGAUUUAAAAUUGUGGAGGAGACCCUACCUGUUCCAGCAGUGAAUUACCUGGAUGCCUCACCGCUAAUUCCUCAGUCUGGCGAAUGCUUGGGAGAUGCCAGUGAUCCAUACACAUUUCAGGACGGGGACAUCAAAUAUAGCUUCACGGGCACUAAGAAAUGCAAACUUGGCACUGACAGAGAAUCUCUGAAGAAGAAUAAGCCAGAAGACGGAACUGCAGCUAAAGAGCUAACGCCAGGAGGCCAUUCAACCACCCUGCCAGAUGGGAAAGAUGCAAUGUCCAUCUUCAGCUCUGCACCUAAGACAGAUACGCGGCAAGAUAAUUCGGCUGGCCGAGCUGGUUCUGGUAGCUUAACACAAGUUACUGACUUGGCCCCUUCUCUUCAUGAUUUGGAUAAUCUCUUUGAUAAUUCAGAUGAAGAUGACCCUGGUGCUGUCUCCCCUCCCCUCCGAUCAUCAAAAUUGCCACCGGUGGGAACUGAAGAGCGACAUCUAAGCAAGGAUGCAAGGACAGCUGUUCCUUAUCCUCCGACUGUUGCAGAUCUGCAGCGCAUGUUCCCCACCCCGCCUUCCUUGGAGCAGCACCCGGCUUUUUCACCCGUCAUGAGCUACAAAGAUGGCAUCAGCUCAGAGACUGUCACCACGCUGGGGAUGAUGGAAAGCCCGGUGGUCAACAUGGUGGCGACUCAACUCACCGAGUUUAAAAUGGAAGUGGAAGACGGUUUGGGCAGUCCGAAGCCGGAAGAAGUCAAGGAUUUUUCCUUCGUGCACAAGGUAUCCAUGUUCCAGCCCUUUAUGGGUUCUUCUAUGUUUGCCCCACUGAAGAUGCUCCCCAGCCAGUGCCUGCUCCCACUGAAAGUCCCCGAGGCCUGCGUCUAUCGGCCUUCAUGGGCCAUUCCUCCCAAAAUCGAGCAGCUUCCUUUGCCGCCUGCAGCUGCUUUCAUCAGAGAUGGUUACAACAACAUACCCAGCGUCGGAAGCCUGGCUGAUCAAGAUUAUCUUCAAAUGAACACGCCACAAAUGAGCACUCCGGUCACGCUCAGCAGCACUGCGCCAGCCAGUAACAGUGGGGCGGGGGUCUUGCCGUCUCCGGCCACCCCUCGCUUCUCUGUCCCGACCCCACGCACACCCAGGACUCCACGGACUCCGAGAGGCGGGGGCACUGCCAGCGGGCAAGGGUCCGUCAAAUACGACAGCACAGACCAAGGCUCGCCAGCUUCCACGCCCUCCACCACCCGGCCCCUCAAUUCUGUGGAACCGGGCACCGUCCUGCCCAUCCCGGAAGCCCACAGCCUCUACGUCAUGCUCCUCCUCUCCGACUCCGUGCUGAACAUUUUCAAGGAUAGCAAUUUCGACAGCUGCUGCAUAUGCGCCUGCAACAUGAACAUCAAGGGCGCCGACGUCGGGCUGUACAUCCCCGAUUCGUCGAAAGAGGACCAAUACCGCUGCACUUGCGGGUUCAGCGCCAUCAUGAAUCGCAAGCUAGGGUACAACUCGGGUCUCUUCAUUGAGGACGAGUUGGAUAUUUUCGGCAGGACUUCAGACAUCGGCCAGGUGGCCGAAAGGAGGCUGAUGAUGUGUCAGAACACCUUAAUCCCUCAGCUGGGAGAAGGCGCCAAAAGGCUCCAGGAGCCCCCCGUGAGUCUCCUCCUCCUCCUUCAGAAUCAGCACACCCAACCUUUCACCUCCCUGAGCUGCUUGGACUACAUGUCGGUCACAAGUCGGCCGGCGCUGUCUUACACGAACUGGAGUUACGACAGGGUUCAGGCGGAGAGCCACGACUCCUGGAACGAGUGCUUUAACGCCCUGGAGCAAGGCCGCCAGUACGUGGACAACCCCACGGGUGGGAAGGUGGAUGAAGCCCUUGUCCGAAGUGCGACCGUUCACUCUUGGCCUCACAGCAACGUCCUGGACAUCAGCAUGCUUUCCUCCCAAGACGUGGUGCGCAUGCUUCUCUCCCUCCAGCCUUUCCUGCAAGAUGCCAUUCAGAAGAAGAGGACUGGCAGGACCUGGGAGAACAUCCAGCAUGUCCAAGGACCCCUCACCUGGCAGCAGUUCCAUAAAAUGGCAGGACGGGGAACCUACGGUUCCGAAGAGUCUCCGGAGCCUCUUCCGAUACCCACCUUGUUGGUUGGCUACGACAAGGACUUCCUGACAAUCUCCCCAUUCUCCCUGCCGUUCUGGGAGAGGCUGCUCCUGGAUCCUUACGGGGGGCACCGUGAUGUCGCCUACAUUGUGGUGUGUCCAGAAAACGAGGCCUUGCUUGACGGAGCCAAAACUUUCUUCAGGGACUUAAGCGCCGUGUAUGAGAUGUGUCGGCUUGGUCAACACAAACCAAUCUCUAAAGUGUUGCAUGAUGGGAUCAUGCGUGUGGGGAAGACGGUGGCCCAGAAGCUAGCAGACGAGCUUGUGAGCGACUGGUUCAACCCACCCUGGGGCAAUGAAGACUGUGACAAUCAUUCCAGGCUCAAACUUUAUGCCCAAGUUUGUCGUCACCACCUAGCACCUUACUUAGCUACUUUGCAACUCGAUAGCAGUCUGCUGACGCCACCGAAACACCAGCCUCCAUCAUCAUCCAAUGCGGAACAAACCAUAUCUGGGAACGCAGGAUCCGUUUCCUCCAACUCGGCCUGUCUUGGGCUGACGGCUCCCUCGGCUGGCACAUCUUUCAGCUCCUCAGCUAAUGGGACCACUGGUCUCCCGUUGGGCACCAGUACAGCCCCAGGCUCUUCCGUGCCCCAGCUCCUGGCCUCCUCCUCCUCCUCUUCCUCCUCCAGUAUUAGCCAGACAAGUACUACCUCCUCUUCAGGGUUCAGUGGAGGCCUACCUCAAGGUCAAAACCCAACGUCCGGGGCAGUUCCCUCGGAGAGACCCCAAGGAAGCACAGUCCCAGGAGGAGAUGCAGAGGCUGGGCAGAUCUCAUCGCAGCAACCCCAAGAAGGGCAGGACAACUCUGCAGAGAGGGAGAGGAUAGGAAUCCCCACGGAACCUGAGUCUGCGGAUAGCCAUGCCUACCCACCGGCUGUGGUCAUCUAUAUGGUGGAUCCCUUCACCUACACCACGGAAGAGGAAUCUUCUUCGGCCAGUUUCUGGCUUUUGAGCUUGAUGCGCUGUUACACCGAAAUGUUGGACAACCUCCCUGAAAACAUGAGGAGCUCUUUCAUUCUUCAGAUUGUGCCUUGCCAAUAUAUGCUGCAGACCAUGAAGGACGAGCAGAUCUUUUAUAUCCAGCACUUGAAGUCCCUGGCAUUCUCUGUCUAUUGUCAGUGCAGGCGACCGCUACCCACCCAGAUUCACAUCAAGUCUCUGACCGGUUUCGGACCAGCUGCCAGCAUUGAGAUGACGCUCAAGAACUCAGAGCGGCCAAGUCCCAUUCAGCUGUACUCCCCUCCAUUUAUCCUGGCACCUAUCAAAGACAAACAGACGGAGCUCGGGGAGACCUUUGGCGAAGCCAGCCAGAAGUAUAACGUGCUCUUUGUGGGCUAUUGUCUCUCUCAUGAUCAGCGUUGGCUUCUAGCCUCUUGCACUGACCUGCACGGGGACUUGUUGGAAACCUGCAUUGUCAACAUUGAUUUGCCAAACAGAUCACGGAGGUGCAAGGUGUCGGCACGUAAAAUUGGCUUGCAGAAGCUAUGGGAAUGGUGCAUCGGGAUCAUCCAGAUGACGUCCCUUCCCUGGAGAGUCGUGAUUGGGCGCCUUGGCCGGCUUGGCCACGGGGAACUGAAAGACUGGAGCAUUCUGCUGGGAGAGUGUUCCCUGCAGACCAUCAGCAAGCAGUUGAAGGAGGUGUGUUUGAUGUGUGGCAUCUCCUCUGCAGAUUCUCCCUCCAUCCUCAGCGCCUGCUUGGUGGCCAUGGAACCACAGGGGUCAUUUGUGGUGAUGCCAGAUGCUGUCACCAUGGGAUCCGUUUUCGGCCGGAGCACUGCCCUUAAUCUGCAGUCUUCACAACUCAACACUCCCCAGGAUGCCUCUUGUACUCACAUCCUGGUUUUCCCAACCUCGGCAACCAUCCAGGUCGCUCCUGCAAAUUAUCCCAAUGAAGAUGGAUUCAGCCCUAAUAAUGAUGACAUGUUUGACCUCCCAUUCCCGGAUGACAUGGACAAUGACAUUGGCAUCCUGAUGACUGGGAACCUUCACUCCUCCCCAAACUCUUCCCCUGUCCCGUCCCCUGGUUCUCCCGGAAUUGGGGUAGGACCAUCCUUUCAGCACAGCCGGAGCCAAGGGGAGCGUCUCCUUUCCCGGGAAGCCCCCGAAGAACUGAAGCAGCAGCCCCUCGCCCUGGGUUACUUCGUUUCCACUGCCAAAGCCGAGAACCUUCCUCAGUGGUUCUGGUCCUCCUGUCCUCAAGCUCAGAACCAGUGCCCCCUCUUUCUCAAGGCCUCACUGCACCAUCACAUCUCCGUAGCGCAAACAGACGAACUCCUUCCUGCCCGGACUUCCCAGAGAGUUCCCCACCCCUUGGACUCCAAAACCACAUCAGAUGUCCUCAGGUUCGUCCUGGAACAAUAUAACGCAUUGUCAUGGCUAACCUGUAAUCCGGCGACCCAGGAUCGUGGGUCUUGCCUUCCUGUUCAUUUUGUGGUGCUCACCCAGCUCUACAACGCCAUCAUGAACAUUCUCUAGUAGCGGAGGCGUAGCCAAACCUUUUCUCUUUCCGCUGGAAGAAAGACGCGCUUGGCCUGCAAGAGUUCAGAUCCCGGUCUGAAGAAGGCGGAGAAGAAGCCGGAGCCGUGCUCCCGAUUUCCUCAAGAAAGCAGGAGGACCGUCCCGUUCUACCAAAACGGGAUAAUCUCGUUUCCCCUGCAAGAGUUUCAGGGCAGCCGGAGGCGUGUUACGACUUUUGAAGGCAGUGUUAAAUUUCGCUGGCUGAACACCUUGACUAGAAUUAUGGACCACAGUGAAGACAAUACGUCUUUCAUUUCAUUCUCUUUUUUUCCCCCGUUCUUUUUUUUUCUUUUCCCUUUCUUUUUCUGUUUCGGUGCACGGAUCUUGCGGUGAGACCGGUCUGAAUGGCCCAAAACUUCUGGCAUUUUCCUUGAACAACAACAACAACAACAAAAAACCCCAUGGCAUCCACGGGACUGCGACGGAAGAACCGAUUCUACUAGUCGAAGAAAUAUAUAUGGGAUUUUUUUUAUUAUUAUUUUUGGUGUACCUGGAACUCCUUGGCAGAAUGGGAUGAAUGAAUGAAUGCGGGGUUGGGGGUUUUUUGCCCCCCCCUCCACCUCCCCAAUCCAUGUAGAUACGAAUGGUCUGGAGACACGCUGACGUUUGUCCGGUUUUUAUUGUUUUAUUUUUAAUUUAUUUAUAGGGGCUAUUAAAUUAUAGAGGACCAGGUACAGGACGCGAUCUGAUUCCCAUCUCACCGAGAAGUGGGGUUAUUUUUUUUAAUUUUUUAUUUUGGCAUACCUCUCGCUUUUUAGCUUAGAAAUGGGUGUGGCGGGGCAGGGCGGGAUGGAGCAGGGAAACAGUUCAAAGGAGCCAUUGAGGAAGAACUCAAAAAGAGUCACAUAUUUUUAAAAAGAAAAAGAAAACAUUUUGAGGGGUGGACCCUCUGAGUUAAGGAGGCGGCCUGCCGAGAAUGUUUUUAAAAAAGUAAAUCAGAUUAAUGACAUGUCAUGCAAAAUAGCCAAGACCGGGGGAAAAAUACGGAAAACUCACGAAAACAUGCCUUCUCCAAUCUGAUAGCAUCCGGAUGCUUUUGGGGAAUCAUCAUCUCGUCACCCAGAGCCAUUAGCAGUGGGAUCGUGUGGGGCAGGGGCUGGGAAUCAUGGGAGGUGUAGUUCCACAUGACUGGAAGGGACUGGCUGUUUCAAGUGUGGAAACCCCCAGCCCCCCAAAAGAGGGGGUGGUGGCAGAAUAACCAUUGAAAGGAAAGUUUAGGGAGGUCUUUAGA